AUGGAAGGGACUCCUGUCGACUCUGGACUAGCAUUGUCAGCGCAGACCGUUGUCUCGCCUGUCACUCAAACUCCCAUGCCUGCUAAUCUGACAUGUAAACCACCCGACAGGAGGAAUCUGCCUGCAUUCCUGUCAAACCUGGGAAAACCCACUUUACGUGGCAUUCGCAAGUGCCCUCAGUGUGGUGUGUAUAACGGCACCCGUGGCCUCAGCUGUAAGAAUGAAGCCUGUGGAAUUAUUUUUAGAAGUGGAGCCCAGGGAGUGGGAAAGAGCUCCAAGAAAGCCCAGUCUGAGGUUGUGCGGGUGGUGACUGACGGAGGUGGGGGUGCAGCUUCGGGGCCACAGGUAUUCUCAGUGCGACAGAAGGGACGAGGUUUGGAGCAGCGUGGUUUUGUGGAGCUUUUCCUUGCAGACACUGCAAUUGCCACGGCUGAUGGUACCCUCCUGACCCGAGUCAACCUCGGCCGCUGCCUGGUACCUUCUUGUCGCCAUAGUGAGAGGGCAUCAUCGGUUGGAGGUGGAGAUGGUUGUCAACAGUCAACCCAGACACCUGAGAGCCCCUGUAUCCAUGUGAAGCAAGCAAUGGAGUGCCAAGGGCAGGCCACACCACUGCCCUUCAAAAGUUCAGUGCUCGAGGCACUGCCAGCCUCCACUCAGGCCAAGGAGGAGCUCUGGAGGUUGGCCACUGAGACGCCAGGGCCCCUGGUCCAGAGAGUCUCCAGUGGGACUCUGGUGGUGAAGUGCCAGCCUGGCGAGGCACAUCCCCUCGGUCUUUUGCACCUGACAGUUGGGGGUGGUGGAGCCAUUGGGAAAGGUGAUGGAGGCACUGUCUUCCGCUGUGCUUGUCAGUUAACAAGAGGCAGAGGAACCUCAGGACUAAAAUCUGCAGUGAACACAGCAAAGUCUGAUGGGAAAGAGCCGGACACUCCCCCAUUUUCCUCUCCCCUGCCAAGGAAUACAUCCCUUUCCUCAGAACACUGUCUGCACUUCUAUGCAUGUGUCUGUGCAUUAAGUAGCGAUGAAAAGCUAGCCUCAGAGUUUGCAGCAUUCCUGAACUACAACUCUAAUGGAAGCAGUCAGCAUGUAGAUGAGGGAAGUGUUUCUUUGACCUUUCAGCAGUGGCUAGCCAGUGUCACAGAGAGAAUCCACCAGACCAUGCACUUCCAGUUUGAUGGUAAACCAGAGCCGCUGGUCUUCCACAUCCCUAAGGCCUUUUUCAAUGCGCUACAGCAGCGUCUGUCUCUAGGUUCCAAGAAAAGACGGCUCCCUAACUCAACCACCACGUUUGUGCGGAAAGAUGCUUUGCCCCUCGGGUCUUUCUCCAAGUACACUUGGCACAUCACCAAUCUGAUGCAGGUUAAACGCAUCUUUGACACACCUGAGCUGCCUCUGGAGUUGACUCAGAGUUUUGUGAGGAACAGUGAUGGCACCUGUUCACCCUUCCACUGCCAGGAACUUUCCCCAGAACUGGCGUCAGACACCGGCCAGCCUCGCACAGACAGGCCACAAACCAUUAAACCUCUGGAGCUACGGACAUUCCUUAAAGUGGGGAUGUAUUCAGGAGAGCAGAGAGAGCCUGUUCCCUUUGUGAUCGAGUGGAUCCCAGACAUCCUGCCGCAUUCACACGUCGGUGAGCUGAGGAUCCGAUUUGAGUACGGCCACCAGCUCAGAGGCCAGGCUGACUACUACGGGAGGAUCACACCAGGAGGACCUGAGAGAAUCAGGCCGACAUCCACAGAGGAAAACACCCAGACCCAGCCAGGGCCCACCGUCCAGGACACCCAGGACACUGUGACGUAA